AUGAUGACGACCAGAGUAAUUGAAAAACCGAUGCUGAGCUGCAAAUCCCGAGGUCCUGGACCAGCUUACAGCCUUCCUCCAGUGCUGGGCUUUGAAAAACACGACUUGUCUCGCAAAAGGAACCCUGCGUACUCCAUCACAUCUCGACAUGAUGAAAAAUUGUACGUCACUGCGAGUCCAGGUCCAAAUAGAUACAAUACUUAUCACUUGACGCGACAAGGAAUAGAAAAACCCCCAGCGUUUUCAAUUGCUGGCCGAGCUCCGUUUGUUGUGAUUGGAUCUGGACCCGGUCCUGGAGCGUAUCACCCAGAAACGUGUCCGCCUGUCAACCAUUCUCGGACAUCUCCAUCAUUUUCCAUUCAAUCAAGACUCAAGCCCGACCAUUUAUCACUUGAUGGACCCGGGCCCAAUUCCUACGUCGUUCCUUCUUCCCUGGGGCCUAAAAUUCCUCAUAAAAAAACUUGUGGAGCCGUUUCUAUCAAAGGAAGAACUUCAGAUUCAAGCAAAUACGUCGGACCUGGACCAUCUGAUUACGGGAACCCAAAUUAUAACGUUGUAAAGAAACAAUACCCAGCUUUUUCGCUAAAAUUUCGGCAACAACCACUCAGUAGCUACAGCAGUGGACCUGGACCAAUGUACAAUCCGACUUACAACCCAGGAAAACAACCUCCGGCAUUUUCAUUCGGAAUUCGCCACAGCGAGUGGGAAGCUCAGCCUUGUACUUAUUUAAAAAAUUAA